GUAUAUUAAAUCUUAGCCAAUUGGCCCUAGUUUCGAUCAGUGGGAUGCGCUUCAGUUGAAAAUUUAGCAGUGGCUGUAUCUUUCUGGGGCAGCCUAGUUUUCAUGACUCAGUGCAGCGCUGGGCUGGAGUUUCCCCUUGGGACGGAGGUGGUGGUGGGAGCCCAGAAAAGAAAAAGUCCACCAGGCAGAAGGAGCUUCCCUUUAGCGCUCUUCACUGGACACAGCAGGCUCAAUUGACAGAAAGAUGACUGGUAGAAGAUUCCUGUCCACAACAGCUUCUGCUUGUAACAAGUACGCAGCCUAUGUUCCUAAGCAAGGCUCGUAUCCAAAGGGGUAUAAAGUCGGCGCCGUCUCCUCUGGCGUGAAGAAGAACUCGCAAUUGGACUUGUCGCUCAUUAUCUCUGAGAAGCCUGCGUCUGCUGCUGCUGUGUUUACAACGAACAAGUUCAAGGCUGCUCCUGUCCAGCUGUCUAAGCUCGUAUUGGAGCAGACCGACAAGGUUCAGGCGAUUGUCAUAAACUCUGGCUGUGCCAAUGCAGUCACAGGCACUAAAGGACUGGCCAAUGCUAAGGAGAUUGUCCAAGCGGUUGACCAGCUCGUCACAGGCUCUUCUGCCUCUGAUAAGAUGUCGACGCUUUGCAUGUCCACUGGUGUCAUUGGACAACAGCUGUCAAUGGACAAGAUUCUCGGUGCGAUUCCAAAGUUGUUCAAGGAGUCGUUGGGCUCCGACCAUGAACACUGGUUGACGUGUGCCAAGGGUAUCAUGACCACUGACACAUUCCCAAAGCUUGUUUCCAAGGAGAUCUCCUUAAACAACCAUACGUAUAGAAUCGCAGGCCUCUCCAAAGGUGCAGGUAUGAUCUGUCCAAACAUGGCCACACUGUUGGGAUUUUUCGUUACCGACGCUCCAAUUGAACCAAAGGCUUUACAGUCAAUCUUGUCGUAUGCGGUGAACCGUUCAUUUAACUCGAUCUCUGUGGAUGGUGAUAUGUCUACCAAUGAUACCAUUGCAGCAUUGGCCAACGGCGCAGCUGGUGGCCCGGCAAUCACCGAGUCCUCUGGUGAAUCAUAUGAGUUGAUCCGUGACGAGAUUACUCAGUUUGCUCAGACUUUGGCACAGCUGGUUGUUCGUGACGGUGAAGGUGCUACGAAGUUCGUCACAAUCAAAAUUAAAGACGCCCUUUCCUAUGAAGAUGCUCAUCAGGUUGGUAAGACCAUUGCAAACUCGCCACUGGUGAAGACUGCGCUGUACGGCAAGGAUGCCAACUGGGGUAGAAUCCUCUGUGCCAUUGGCUAUUCCGAUGUCGAGGUGAACACCUCAAAGACCAACGUCUCUUUCGUGCCAGCAGACGGCUCCGCAGAGCUCAAACUCUUGGUCAACGGGGAGCCUGAGGUGGUUGAUGAAGAGAGAGCUUCGCAGAUCUUACAGUUCGAAGAUCUCGAGAUCUCUGUUGACUUGGGAACCGGUGGUGGUGCAGAGACAACGUUCUGGACCUGUGAUUUAUCCCACGAGUACAUCACAAUCAACGGUGACUACCGUAGUUGAGUGACUACCGUAGCUGAGUGUACACAGUACGCACAUCACACAUCACACACGACACAUUCUUAGAAUGCGAUUGUAUUCAAUAAAGAUCUCAA